AUGUUUAUGGAGGAGAUUGUUGACCAUCAUAGUAUGAAAGUAAAAGGGUUCAAGAAAAGUAUAAAAAAGAAGUAUAACCUCAACUGUACAAACUCUCAAAUGUAUAGAGCAAAGGAGAAGGCAGAGGAAGCAGUCAAAGGGUCAUAUGCAAAGAUGUUUGCAAGAUUAAGAGACUAUUGUGCUACACUUCUUCAAAAAAAUCCAAGUUCAGUGGCAUUUCUUGUAACUGAAAAAUCCCAACUUUGUAAAAGCCCAAUUUUCAAGAGGAUGUUUGUGAUGUUUACUACACAAAAGAAAGAUUUUGUAAAUACAUGUAAGCCUGUAAUAGGGUUGGAUGCAUGUCACCUUAAGAUGGUCAUGGGAGGGCAGCUUAUGUUUGUAAUUUGUAAGGAUGCUAAUAAUCAGAUGUUCCCAAUUACUAUGGCUCUUGUUGAAUCUGAGUGUAAAGAUAGUUGGGGUUGGUUUUUGGACAGCCUUACUGAUGCCAUUGGGACUCCACUUGAAAGGGGUUGGGUAUUUCUGUCAGAUAGACAAAAGGGAUUAAUUGAUUUCAUUAAGAAUAUGUACUCGGAGUUGAGCAUCGAUUUUACGUUAGGCAUAUUUCAAAUGUCUUGCAUAUGCAAUGAGUGGAAAAUGACAGGAAUUCCAUGUGUCCAUGCCUGUGUUGGACUUGUGCAAGACAAUAAGAAUCCGUAUGCAUAUGUUGAUAAUUGCUACUCAGUGAAAACAUAUAAAAAGGCAUAUUCAUGA